AUGCAUAGAGAUUUAAAACCAGAAAAUAUAAUGUUCAAAGAAAAAGAUAAACUUGACUCUUUAGUAAUUGUAGAUUUUGGUUUAGCAGAAAUUGAAGAUGAACUUCCUUAUUUAUUUAAUAAAUGUGGAACUCCAGGAUAUGUUGCUCCUGAAAUAGCAAAUUAUUAAGAAAAAUCAGAAAAUGGAUAUUCGGGAUUGUGUGAUGUAUUUAGUGCUGGUAUAAUAUUUUAUACUUUAUUGUUCUAUAAAUCUUUAUUUAUUGGUAAAAAAUUUAAUGAGGUUUUGAAAUUAAAUAAAGAAUGUAAUAUUAAUUUUUUAGAUAAAUCUUUUUAAGAUUUACCUUUUGAUACUUUAGAUUUGCUUCAAAAAAUGCUUGAAAAAAAUCCUUCUAACAGAAUUUCUGCUGAAGAUGCUUUAAAACAUUCAUAUUUCAAAAAUGAAAAGGAAAAGCGAAAAACUUAAAAAUAACAAUUAGGAAGUAUAUAGCAAUUGUUCUAUUGCAAAUAAUUUUGA